UUGCAGCAUGAGCAUGUUCAGAUACAGUACACUGCAUUGUGUAAUGUAAUAGUUAAAGAAAACAGGUAAUGUCCUGACAGAAAACUAGUAGAGCUGGAGUUAGGAAUAGGGCAAUUUUUAAAUUGCUUUGGAUAAAAGUUCUUCUCAAUGUCAACUUGAUGAUGCUUUGCACUAGUUUCUGAGCCACAAAAUUGCUCCCUGUAGAUGUCAUUCAGUAAACAACCAAAAUAGCCGCUCGCUUUAAAGUGUAUUGCAGGUCCUCUUUCCAGUUACUGGACAAGAGUGCAAGUUUAGGUACGUUCACACAGCUGCUGUUGAAUGCUGGGAGUCAGCUACAGGCCAAACCUGUUGAGGGCAUUUGGGACAGACUGCUCUUUGUGAGGCCUUUUCUGUGAAACUCAUGCCAGAGCAGCUGUUUGGACACACGGGCCUCAUCUCUCGUCUAAUUCUCACAGUCAAUGCUCUUCAGAUCCUCUCAGAACCCCAGAAGAGCACAGACGGAGAUCUCCACAGCCUUUGCUGAGUUCUAUCAUAACCUUUUCGUGACAGUGAUGCCUAAAAUAACUUGUCUUUCUCUGGGGUUGGAGAGCUUGCUGAAGAAAGGUUUGAAGGCACUGGAUUAUGAUCCUCAAACAGGGUGAAUGAAAGUUUUUGUGCUCUUUUAUAGAUUCAGACAUUCUCUGUGAAGAGCGAGAAUCCAACUGAUCAGAUGAGAGAGGGGACAGAUCCUGAGAUGAGCAUGUCAGUCAGUGGCUACCUCUCUGCAUCAGACACGUAUGAUAUCACAGAGCCGCCAGAGUACUAUGAUGUUCUUGUGGAUCCACUGAGCUGCUCCUAUCAGGAACCAGAUCUACAAAGCCCUCUCUAUGGCCAGCAGCCAUUCAGCCACGUCAAUGUGCAGUUUUCAAUGUAUGGAGCGCCAAACGCUCAAGCGUGCAACCCGCCGUACCCCUACAGCCAUCAAUGCUCUGAGUUCACCUGUGAGCCAGACAUGGAGGUUCAAAGCCCAACAAGACGUAGCAUUGUCGGUCUUCCAGUGCUAAAAAGACCCAGGAUGGGCUAUGGAGCUCGGGUGAAGGGCCAGGAUGAGCUGUGUUUGGUGUGUGGAGAUAAAGCCUCGGGAUAUCACUACAAUGCCCUCACCUGUGAGGGAUGCAAAGGUUUCUUCAGACGCAGUGUGACUAAAAAGGCAGUGUACCGCUGCAAGAGUGGUGGAAGCUGCGAGAUGGACAUGUACAUGCGGAGAAAGUGUCAGGACUGCAGACUGCGCAAAUGCAGAGCCGUCGGGAUGCUGGCAGAGUGUCUGCUUACAGAGGUGCAAUGCCAGUCGAAGAGACUGAGGAAGGGCUCCAAGCACAGAGGACACAAUGGGUCAAUGGGAAGAGCUGAAGACGACUACUCUGAAAGCAGAAGCGUCUCGUCCACCAGCAGAUUCACCGCUGGGGUAUCUGGUUUCUCCAGAGAGCAGAGAUGCAUUCUGAAUAGAAUUGUUGAGGCUUAUCGUAGGUACAUAAUUCAAGACAACACGCACUGUCGGGUGCAUCUGUGGUCAAGUUUGACGAGCAAUAUAGAUCUGACUCAUCCACAGACGGAGAAGCUUUUGCAAUUUUUGAGGAGCGUACCUGGGUUUGAGCUUUUGGAUGGUUCUGACCAGAACACUCUUCUGUCCAGCUCUUCAGUUGAAGUCAUGUUCCUACUCCUGGCUCAGCAGUUCUCAGAGAACCCCACUAGUGUUAGCAAUGCUUUAUACCCAGCAAAUUCGAAUAACUCAAACCCUGAUUGGGUGAAAACUUUAGAGUCCAAGACUGGGAACAGCCACAGGAUACUGACAUACUCAGGUUUGAAUGAUGAGUUCUUGAGGUCUGUGGUAAAUUUCCUCCACAGCAUGGUGACUAUUGCGGUAACUGAGGCUGAAUAUGCACUUCUAACAGCGACUGCAGUGUUAUGUUCAGACAGGCCAUCUCUGCGUGCGGUGGGCUGCGUUGAGAACUUACAGGAGUUUGUUUUGGAGCUCCUGUCCCGAGCUUGCUGCUGCUGCAGUCAGGGGACGGCACAGGACCCACGACGCUUCGCCAGGCUCCUGGGACGGCUGACAGAGCUGAGAACACUACGACACAACCACCUCACCCUUCUCCCACAGCAGCCCUGGGACAUGCAGCCUUGAGGCAGCCUUUAGGGAGAGAGAUUUAUGACAUCUGAAAUCUGUUGCAAUACACUUUUCAUUUUUGCCCAGAACAAUAUCCCAGGUCAGUGUACUUUUGGUUACCCGUGUGCAAACAUAGUUUAGUUUAAUAAAAAAAAUAAAACAAAUGUAAGCCUCAUGUGUGACAGUUUCUUAUAUGCAUUAAAUAAAAAUGUUAAAGUUUAAUUUGUGUUUUAGGAUUUCUUGCUUUUCAUUUAUGUUGUAAUACAUGUGACCCUGGACCACAAAACCAGUCUUGU